UAGUUAAAAAGAAUUUAAUUGGAAACAUCUGUAUGAGUAACGCAAUAACACACUUUCAGAUGACUCCAGACUAAAGUUCUUGUCUUCUGGAGAAAUAGGGUCUUAACUUCAUUCUUCGUGUGUAGUUCUGAUUUCAGUGAAUUACUCAUGCUGCUAGAGGGUUGCACUGCAACAUGAAAGGGUAGAGUAUUAUGGUUCAGAGAUUUUUUCUUGCAAAACUCAAGAAGAUGAUACUAAGGCAAGCUGAUGUGCUAUAUAUAGAGGAUCAGUUUAUUUGUCUUAGUGUUCUUUCUCUGUUUUUCGUUCUUAAAUGAAAUUUUAAAGCAAUGCAGCUGUUGCAGUGAACAUGCCCUCCUCAGUAGCACAUAUGUAAUGUUGGAGAUACUAACUAGUCAGAUUUCCAGGCUGAGGUGUUUUGCAACUGAAACUGUAGCAAUUGCACCUUACUCUCUCUGAUGGCUAGUUUUCAACUCUGUGCUUCUGUAUGCUGACACGAGAGUUUGAGAAAUUGCAGUAUGACUUGACAUGAUAAAAUGAUUCACUGCUGCCAAAAGAGGCAGUAUCCCUUGUUCUGGCUUUACGACCUCUCUCUCUCUAGAGUCCUUAUGACUGCUCAGCCAGCUUGACUUACUAAACUGACAGAAAUCAAAUCUAGCAAAAUCUAUACAGGUUUCUUAAGGGUUAGCAAGUUAAAUGAGCUUUGUGGCAGGCCUGGCAAGUGUUAGAACAAGAUGGAGGGCAGAAGUGUUCUGCGUGAGGGGGGGAAGAAAGAGGAAAGAAAAAAAACAGACCUCUUUCUCUUGGCAGUAGGUUCACCUUUUUAAUGGAACUUUUAUUUUGGGGAAGUCAAAGAGUUAUUUUUAGCUUGGAUCAGUUACAUGAUCAAAUUCAUAGUACUCAUCAUGGAGGGGAAUAUGCUGUUAAAAGAAGGUAGCUUAAUAUCUGACUGUGGCUGCCAGAACUCUGGUAUGGUCCAGCUGUGACUUUUACGGUUUUCGAGGAUCCCUAUUCCCACUCCAGAUCUCAUUAUUUCUGUAUGAAAUACAGCAUUCAGCUAUUCAUUAAUUUUAAAUUGGAUUUGUGAAACAGUGUGGCUGGUUUUGAUGGGUUUGGAGGUUGCUUGUUCAUUAAAUUUUGUAGAUGCAUGUAUUAAGGGAGUGCUCACCUGUGCUGGAAAAGAGUGGCUGAUGAUGAAACUGCAAGAAGAAAACAAUGGUCCUCUUAAAAAGAGUGAACGAAUAUGCAUGAACGAGUGAACAGAACAGAGAGGCAGUUUAAAUCUCUCCCAGCUAACCAACAGAGUCUUCUUCCUCAAUUCCUUCCUCACCUUGACAAGAUUCGGAAGUGCAUUGAUCAUAAUCAAGAGAUACUACAGACCAUUGUGAAUGACUGCGUUCAUAUGUUUGAAAAUAAAGAAUAUGGAGAAGACGGAAGAGGAAACAUUACACCAGCUUCAACAUUUGACAUGGAUAAAUUAAAAUCCACUUUGAAACAAUUUGUGAGAGACUGGAGCGAAGAGGGAAAGCCUGAGAGAGAUGCCUGCUACCAGCCAAUCAUUAAUGAAAUUGUAAAGAACUUUCCAAAAGAAAGAUGGGAUUUCUCCAAAGUUAAUAUCCUGGUACCUGGUGCUGGGCUAGGUAGAUUGGCGUGGGAAAUAGCUAUGCUCGGUUAUGCUUGCCAAGGAAAUGAAUGGAGCCUCUUUAUGCUCUUUUCUUCUAACUUUGUACUCAACAGAUGCUCUCAAAUUAACUCAUGUAAGCUUUAUCCCUGGAUUCAUCAGUUUAGCAAUAACAGAAGAUCUGCUGAUCAGAUACGUCCAAUUUACUUCCCUGAUGUUGAUCCUCACAGUCUUCCUUCUGGUUCAAACUUCUCUAUGACAGCAGGGGAUUUUCAAGAAAUUUAUUCUGAGUGCAAUACAUGGGACUGCAUAGCCACUUGCUUUUUCAUAGAUACAGCACAUAACGUCAUUGAUUACAUUGAUACUAUAUGGAAAAUACUAAAGCCUGGAGGAAUAUGGAUAAAUGUAGGUCCUCUCCUUUACCACUUUGAAAACUUGGGAAAUGAACUUUCUAUAGAAUUAAGCUAUGAGGAUAUAAAAAAUGUUAUACUGCAAUAUGGAUUCCAUAUAGAGGUGGAGAAAGAAUCUGUACUGUCAACUUACACUGUGAAUGAACUCUCCAUGAUGAAAUACUACUAUGAAUGUGUGUUGUUUGUGGUUAGAAAACCAGAAUAGAAGUGGUCUGAACAGGUUAAUCAGAAAAAAAAAAAAGUUGGCUUGAAAGCUAGAAGUUGGAAUAAAGUGGACUGGGUGGUAUCUGGAAACAACCUCAAAUCAGUGGUGCCUUCUUAUUCCUAACAGGAUUUAGAUAGUGUCUAUUUUCUUAAUAUCUCUAUUGCUAUCCAGACAUGUAUUAUGCCGUUCAUAUUUGUAAUAUACUUAUGAAAGUGGAGGAGGAAACAUUCACAUACACUGUCUUUGUGCUUUGGAAUGCAUUAAAAAUAAAAGCAAAAACAUUUCCUUGAGAAUAAAUUUUAAUGUUUGCCAUAACCAGGCUAAUUCUCUGCAUAUGCUGCCUCAUUUUUUCAUAGUUUUAUAAUGAUUUUCUUUUUUCUACUUUCUGAUGUUAGGAAUCCAUAGAGGUGCUUACUGUACUACCUGUGUCACAUUUAGAGAAGUAUUGCUAAACUUAAAUUAUGAAGUCUGAAAUGGUUGGAAAGUGAUAAAAUUAUUCUUGAGCAAUACAAUAGCCAUGAGAACCAUUACAGCAUUUUCUGUGGAACCGAAACGAAGUAGAUUAUUAUGCAAAUUCUAAUCUUUGACUGUACUACUGUUAACAAUUUAAUCAAAACAGAGAACCUAUAGGCAAGUUGAAGUACUAUGUGAAAGCAGAGUAUCAAGUGAAGAAAAAGCAGCAUGUUACAGAGAAGCUGUAUGUUAACCUCAGUUCAAGAAUAACACCAAUUUUCAUUAAUCUCUCAGUGUUGAAACAAAUACAUUAGAUGCUUUGCCAUCUUAAAAUACAUUGAUUUUGAGUCACCUACUUACUGCUUAAGCCAAAACAGUGAAGCAGUAGUUUUUGUUAACUAUAAUUAACAGAAAGUCCUGUUAUACCUUGAGCUCUUUUUUUAAAGUUGAUAACAUAGCCGAGUUAUGCAUGCCAUGUGUAGGUAGUGCAACAGAAAAAAUCCCUGUUUCUCACGGGAGGGAAAAAAAUUACAUAUAAAGAAUAGGUGCUGUAACCUAAUCAUGUCUACUUGAAUCAGCAUAUGCAGCCCCAUUGGUAGACAAAUUCCUCGUAACUUCAGGCACUUUAACCUUGUGACUUAGUGACUUCUUGGUUCCUUAUCCUAAUGGCUUUUUUUCCUUGCAGACAUGGCUUAGGUGAACAUUUAAUAUACCAAUUGUGAUACUACACAAGAGGUUGCAUCUUCUGUCACUUAGAAGUUACAUUCAUGAGGAAAAAAUUAAUAAUCAUUGUGCUGAAAGGAAGUGUCAUGUUAGCUAUUCUGUUUUCUUAAUAUAUUGGUUACCUUAAUUAAGUACCAUUUUCAUCCAUUUUCAAAAAUUUCUUUAUAAAAACAUUAUUAUAAAGGAUCAAGGGGUUUUUCAUAUUUGGUCAAAAUGGCACUGGACAAUAGCUUGUUUGUUUCCCAUUAUUUCUAGUCCCUUUUUUCAUGGUGAUGUCCUAAUCGCAUCUCUUCAAUUGAUCUGUUACUGGCUUUUGGAUUUUUGCCAUUAAGGCCAGAACUUUGUGCCUUUAUUCCUAAAUAGAAAGUCUGCAAGGAGGGAAAACAAACUUUUGUUUUAAGAGUUUCAACACUGUGUAAGGGAAUAUGAGCCUGGGUAUGUUUCAGUACUGUGCCCCUUUCUGCUCAGAAUCCUUACGGAGAAUAAAGGCUUCUGAAUUACAGAAGUUUUAAAUUAGAGUUUUGUUUAAGCUAGUCUUAUUUGAACUCUUUCUUCUUCCUAAAAGUGAACCACCAACAUUUAUCUCCAUAAAUGAACUGUAAAGUUCUAUGCUGCUACAAGAAAAAUGUGUUUAAAACUGAAACACUGCUACUGCAACAAGUAGAUUCAAAAAAAGCCGCUGCACACCUAAAAAUAAAAAAGUUGCUUUAAUUUCCUUAUUGUACUAUUUACUUUAUUUUUUGAGGGACUUUGUGAUUAUGGGGGUUUUUUUAGCUUUCAUUCUGAUUUUUUCCCCUUAGAUAGAAUAUGGUAAUUAUUUUACCUGAUUUUUCCAAGCUCCUUGAAAUAAGACAAUAUUAGGUGAAUAUCGAUUGUGCAGUUGCUGAGAAGUAUAUAUACCUGUAAUAUUGCCCAAUUUCUGCCUCCUGCCCAGUCUGUAGGUACACUUGAAGUGUGGUGUUCUUGUUUUUCACAAAUAGGUGAUUGAAUGUCAAUAUCCUCUGUUCUGAUGGUUUUGUUCUCUGCCACCCCACAUCGUCACAAGUGCCAUUUUUUGUGUUCUUUUUGGAAAACACAUUUUUGUUUACUUAGGUAUAUAGUGAUGUGCUUCUAUUUCUAAUGUAGAAAAUGCCAGUUUUCCCCUUUUAAACGAUAAGAGUUGCAUUAAGAGUUGGAAGCAGAAUAAUCUUGUGAAUAAGCUGUAUGAGUUAGUAGUGGUUUAGCCGCACUCCUAUUUGAGUUCUUAAAAUUCAUCACUUGUAUUUUUAUGCACAGGGAUAAUUGUGUAUUACUGAAUGUGUUCACAUUCUUUAUUCAAUUGUAUACACGGGGGAGGGUGGGAAUGCUUACUUAAGGUCUUUCUCAGCUGAAGCCAAGACUGUUUAAUUUAGGUCACUAUUAAACUGUACGUGGUAUCAGGUGUAAAAUAAAAUGCUGCAUAAUCUUCAGUGUAAUACUUCUUUAUAUGGAAUAAGUUUGACAAAUGUAAAGCGUCCUGUAUUUUAUUUAUAUGUAGUGCACUCAGAAAUCGGUUAUGAAGGUAAGAAGGGAAGUUUCGUGUCGCGGCGUGAACUUGCCGCUAUUUUCAGUGUGUGUAAUGGAUUUGAUUUUUCUUGGGUAUUAAAGUUUGCGGUAUGGCCUGA